CCAAGACGAUGCACUGUGUGUCACAUCACUGAAGCAUCUGAAAUACAGAAGGAACCAGCUGCAUUCACUGUGCUCGACUGUCAACAAAAAGAUCAGCCAUGCCAAAUUCAACAGUUGAACCAAAUCUUACAGACAUGUCUACAAUCAGCCUUGCCAAUGAGACUCACGACCACAAGGAGCCCUACUUACAUAAACUGGCGCACCUUGAUGAAGCACUCUACAAUGAUUACUACAAUCUCUGGCUUGCCUUAAUGAUAAUUAAUGUUUUCAUAUUUGUAGUUGGCAUUGUCCUCAACAGCGUCGCAUUGUAUGUAUUCUGUUUUCGUACCAAGACCAAAACAACAUCUGUCAUUUAUACCAUAAACCUAGUAAUCACAGAUUUGAUGGUGGGUUUGUCCUUGCCAACGAGGAUAAUAAUGUAUUACAGCGGUGGUGAAUGCCUGACAUGCUCUUUUGUGCAUGUUUUCAGCUAUUUUGUGAACAUGUACUGCAGCAUUCUAUUCUUAACUUGCAUCUGUGUGGACAGGUACUUGGCCAUAGUCCAAGUGGAAGCUUCACGCAAAUGGAGAAACCCUCAUUACGCCAAAGGGAUUUGCGUUUUCAUCUGGCUAUUUGCCAUUAUUGUCACUUACUCAAUUCUCACCACAGCAAUCCAAUACGCCUCUUGUUGCCUGUCUAAGCUCUUCGCUCUUACAGUGUUUGAAUACUUUUUGCCUUUAGUGAUCAUCACGGUGUUCACCAUUAGGAUCAUGUGUGCCCUGGCCAAACCAAACCUUAUGCAGCAGAGCAGGGAAAGGCGUAUGAGAGCUGUCCAGCUUCUGGUCACUGUACUGGUUAUCUUCAUGAUCUGCUUCACACCCUUUCAUGUCCGCCAAGUAGUGGUCUAUGCAAACCCUAAACUGCCUCUUCACAUCAGCUUAAUAGUGUACCACAUCACAGUGACCUUGAGCAGCCUCAACAGCUGCUUGGAUCCUAUUGUCUACUGCUUUGUUACUAACAACUUCCAGUCCACCGUGAGGAACAUCUUUGUCAAAGUUGAGCCUGAACAGAACAGCGGCGAGGUAAUCAGUGUACAGAAGAGCUCCAAGGUGUCCACUGGAAAGUCGGUAGUUUCAAGCAUGAUGAUGAACGGCCCUGCACAAGACAGUGAACAGUGAACAGAACACACAACAAUCAUGCAGCUCAAAGAGGACUUUCAUGUCUCAAGAUUUUGCUAUAACUUGCUUUGUAUUACAUUUUAUGCCUUGAUGUUCAUAAUACAUCAUUUUGUACAGUUUGGUGAAAUUUACUCAAGGUGUCCUUUACCAGAAAAGAAUGGAAGGCCUGGUUUUCUUUGUUUAGGUAAUGCUCCAUUAGUUGUAAGACAAUCUGGUGUUGGCAGACAAAGGAAAGAGAAGCAAAGUCUUAAUGUUUGGUGCAUUAGUUUAUAAGAUGGGACAGAAACCCUUGGCCCUCAACCAAAUACAAUGGAAAAUCUUUGUUCUUCUUGCAAAAACAAAAAUGUGGUUUCCAGUGUUUAUAGGCCUGUCUGCUCUACCUUUCCAUUCUUACAGCAUCACCUCUUAUGAUGUAUGUGUCUGACUUGCCUGGAAAUUGUUGAAUAUAUUUUGUAAAACAUUCUCUAAUUUAUUAACUUCAAACAGGUGCCUGACACUUUAUGUAGAUAUAAAAUAACCACAGGAGUUAUCCUUGGAUUGAUAAGCUAUAACUUCAGAACAUUCAGAACUCCAAUUGCUCCCCCUUCUAGGGGCUCGACAUAUUAAAUAUAUAGUAUAAAAUAAUGAAUUGGUUCAACUGCAUGACAUUCAAUACAUUAUUUUGCUUUGACAAGCUGAGGCAUUGUACGUUUAAGCUACGCAAGAAUUGGAAUAGGUUUGAUGUUGGGUAGCUUACCUUUCAUUCAAGGGGUAAGAGGUUUUGGAAUAUGUUGCUGCUUUAUGAGAACUCUCUAUAUGCCUUCAAAAGGGUCCAACUCAGUUCUUGACCUUGGGGAAAUUUAUGGCACCCGCUAGAUUUUGGUAUUGGUGGCAACGUGGGACUCAUAUAUUUGACAGGCUGCUAACCCAUCAUGUUCACCCCCACUCCUUGAGCUGUGCUUCAUAAAAUGGUGGGCAACUUAUCUAUUCCACAUAGGCUCAUUGGGAUCCUUAGCUUCCCAUCCUUUAAAUUGAUACUUAAUGUUGCAAAAAUUGCAAUUUUAAAAUUCUGCCCUAUUUUCAAAACUAGAAGUUUGAUGUCAGCCCAGUGAGCCACUGGAUUUGACUGUUUUAAGUGGGUACCUAAGAACCCAGAAAAUAGUUCCACAUACGAUGUUAGACGAAAGCCCUUCAGUUCUACAACUGUUGAUCUGCUCAGUUCCUCCCUAGCCUCCAUAUUUAAUGCCCAUCUCCCCAGUAAAGCCACUGGAACACAGACUUAAAAGUCUGGUGGCACAACUAGUUAACAUUUACCAUAUGUUCUGGGUGAAUACAGAACAAAAAUACUCCUCAUUGUCUUCUGUUCUUCUCUUACCUUUUUUGUUAUUUUGCUGUUCUAUACACUUUUAAAUGCACUAUAAAAGUUUUGAGCUACUGAUAUUGUUGGGCUAAGAUUUCUUUGUGUGCCACUUGGGGCCUGAUGUAUACGCUCAAGCCAAUGUUUAUGAGAAAGGGUGUUUUUCAGCUUUGUUAUACAAUGAUAUACUGCAGCAUUAGUCCAUUAAGCAGCAAGUUUUUCACUGAACAGUGAAAUUCGUUUAUUCUUUUGCUGGUCUUAGGUCACUUAUUCUGAGUCGGGGAAAAUUGAGUGAACAUAAGGUAUGAGCAAGGCCAUUAAAUCAUUUAAAGACGUGAUAUACUGAGUUUUUAGCUUUCUAUUUGUAAUAAACUGACAUUGUUACUGGAUGUUUUCCUAGGCUGUGAUAAGUCAGAAGGUUAUGAGUGUUCAGGACUUUCAUUAAAUGUUUUAAAGGAGAAGUGAAUAAUUUCUUGACUAAUAACAGAGUCAACAUUAGAAGUAAAUGGGAAUGUGGAAUUGAGGCCACAAUUAGAUCAGCCAUGAACCUAUUGAAUGUGGAGCAGAAUUCAGUGGUCAAAUCUCUGUUCCUGCUCCUAAUUUGUCUGUAUGUUAUCAAUUGUGUUUCCCACACCUUCAAACCAGGAUUGUAAAUUACUUGUAAAUCCAUGAUCCAAAGGAAUGCUCUAUCUGAAGCAAGGCUAAAAAUCACACAACACCAGGUUAUAGUCCAACAGGUUUAUUUGGAAGCACUAGCUUUCGGAGCGCUGCUCCUUCAUCAGGUGGUGGAGUAUAGUAAGAAUGUGUCAAAUUGGCCAAUGGCUAUAGAUACACAUUAUACAUUUUUGUGUCCAACACAAAUUCUGUUCCAUUGAAAAUGUUGGAUUAUGAUUCAAUUGAAAGUAUUUGUGGUGCCCUCUGCUAUUUGUCCUGUCAAGAAAGCAGCCUGUUGGAACUGCAAAUAUAUCUGCAAUCAUUCCCAAUGCAGGAAGUGCAAUUUAGUUAAUUCAAGAUGAUAGUUUCGCCUGCAUCAUCCUCCUGCUAUUUUGGGCACUAGUUUAUUAUCCAGUAAUUCAUUCAUUGAACACUGAGUGCUGACAAACAAUCUUAGACCUUGAUCUACAUCUAAAUGUCCAAAUUGGGCAGGCAAUUAAUAUUAGAUUAUCUACAGUAUAGAAACAGGUCCUUCAGCCCAACAAGUCCAUACCAAACCUCCAAAGAGUAACCCA